AUGUUCCCAUUUCACAAACGGAAAACCCAACUGUUGGACGAAACUUCAUUGGAAACAGUGGAUAUUUUGUCUCUUGUUUUUCAAUUUCUCGAGCUGAAAGAAUUAUUCGCUCUCCAAAAAGUAUCACCCUUCUUCUACCGAACCAUUGAACAUUUGAAAUCCUUACUGAUCCGACCAAUAUAUGAAGUUGGUUUAGUUUCGUCCGAUAAGAAACAAUUAUCGGAAUUUCUUCAACUUACUUUAAAAUCAGAAUUAAUUAGUUCAGCCACAAAGGAAAACCCACAAAAAGUUUCAAGUACUAGAUACACUUAUUAUUCUACAACCGAAAUCGACAUGACAGAUAAAAAUGAUGGCAAUCAGCUCAAAAGUGUGAAAUUUGGAGAGCAUCAUAUGAUUCAUGCUUUUAACAAGGUUGAAAAGGAGUUUGUCUUUAAGAAUGAUAGAUUUAGAGUAUUCUUUUAUCCGUUGUAUUGUGAAAAGAGUACGAGUUUAUCACAUGAUGAUUAUCAACGACUGGAUGGGUUCAUAUUUUUGAAUCCAAACAGCAAAGAUGGAUAUUCAACAAUGCCAAAUGGAUGUAGUUAUUGUGCAACACUCUUGGAUUAUAAUAAUUCUUCAGUUGCCAAUGAAACAGUACUAAUGCCAGUAAGAAAUUUCGGAUCUUUUAAAGUUGAGAAAGUGAGUGAAAGAUAUUCGAUAGAACAAUCAAUUCUCGACUGUAUUAAUUACAUUUCAGAGAACUCAAAUCGAUCAAUUCAAUUGAACUCAAUAGGAGAUGGUUAA